AUGAAGAUUCUACCGAUAUUACGACGACCUACAAAUUCAAUACCACUAUCCUAUGAAAAGUUUCUAUCUAACUCAUUUAAUGUUAAAUAUAAAGAAUCCAACCUGGAUUCAAAUCAACAACAACAGCCAAUUAAAUCAAUAUUUGGAGAUUUGAACACCGGUUCACCUCUAGGAAAACAACAGUCUAAUCAGAGUCCCUUUGGCUCAUUAUCAAAUAAUGUGCCUAAAGAUAUAAAUUUUAAUUUAAAUCACAUCCCACAUUCAAAUGAUGGGUCUGCAACUGUUGAACAAAGGGGAAAUAAUGGAGUUUUACUCAAGGGUGUGUUAAAUGACAAACCGGCAAAUAAUUUGAUUAAAUCGUAUCGCAAUGACCUGGAUCCUUCAAAUUAUGUGACUAGAAUCUCAGAUAAUAGAUUAAAUAACGAUAACACAGUUAUAGAAUCUAUUUGUUACACUAAGGAUGGUGACAAUGGAUUAACUAAAUACCCUCGUAAUGAAACGAGUGACAUCACUACUGAUGUUGUAUCAUAUAAACGCGCAGAAGGCCGAGAUGUAUUUGCAGGAAGGUACUCUCACCUCAGGGUGUACAGAAACGAAAGUGUGGAUUCGAUUGUUAACAGGGGUAUUGGAGUUUCUGAGGGGAUAAAUAGCCUAAUAAAGGAGAGAGCGCUGAGAGGACUAAGUAAGGAAUGCCUAGAGAUACUUUCUGAGAUGAAGAAAAGGGGCAUAGAGGUGUCCACUGAAACCUACAACAACUGCAUACUCAGCUGUGCUAAGACGAGAAACGCGAAGCUGGCCAGGUACCUGUUUCUGUGUCUGAGGUCGGACCUGAUCACGCCUGACCUGAAGACCUACACGCUCAUGAUUAAGACGCACAUCAACUGCGGGGACACCUCGAGCGCGUUUUCGAUCUACAGGAAGAUGGAGAAGGAGGGGACGAGGGCAGACCUGGUUGUUUUCUCAUCGCUGAUCGACUGCCUGGUGGAAAGCAAGCAAGUCAGUGGCGCCUGGAGGCUGUUUAAUUACAUGAGGACGUGGAGGCUGAUUGAGCCCGACGAGGUCCUUUUCACAAUAAUGAUCAAGAGCUGCAGCGUGUCCAGAGAUGCGGAGAAGGCGCUGAGCCUAUACCAGGAAAUGCUGUCGCUCAACCUGUAUCCGACGAUCCACACGUACACGGAGCUAAUAAGGUGCCUCUCGAAGCGCAAGGAAUACUUUCACGAGUGUUUCCAGUUUUACAAUAAAAUUAAGUCACAGGAGUACACAAUUGACGCUGAGAUCAUGUCUCAUCUUUUGGAGUGGUUAUUUAGUGGUGGUGGAGGCAAUACGAUAAGUAACACUGCCAGCAUUACCAUGAUCAGCUGUUGCACAGUUGGAAACGUGAGGAGGGCGCGGGAACUGCUCUUGGAGGCCUCAAGGAUCGGCGUUGAGCCGACACUGGAGAUGUACAACACGUACAUAAAGACGUUAGCCAGGCAGAUGAAGUUGAAUAAAAUGAGUGAAAAUGAGAAGAUUAACCAUAUUCAGAAGACGUGGGAGAUAGCAAAGGCAAUACUGUCAAAAUAUAUGGCAGGCAGUGGGAGUAGUACCAGUAUUGGUGUAUCAGAUGUUGACCCUAGUGGUUCUGAUUACGGUGAUAUCAGUAGCACCAUUAGUACCAGUACUACCAAUAGUGCCAAUGCCACGAGUAGUGCCAACAAGGAGGUCACUAGACUGUUAAACAGUGUUAUACUGGUGUACGAGAGUGGAUGCUACCAUGACUAUGCGCUGGAGGUCCUAAAGUGUUUUCCACGAUUUAAUGCACACCCUGAUUACAUGACGUACUUCAUACUACUAAGGAUGGUUGGACCAGGCAUGAAGGACGUUGGAAGGUUUUUUGCACUGUGGGACGAGGCCAAAUCGCACAUAACGCCGCAGAAAACGCUGUUAUACAUGGCGCUGGAUAUGGCAAUUCUAUCACGAUCGGCGAAGAAGACGCUUGAGAUACUGAAUGAUAUGUACAACGCAAAAGUGUUCCCUACGCCUUCACUCAUGAAGAGGCUGUAUGAGUCUGGAAAGAGAAUCACGCAAAUACACAUGAUGAUCAACAACUUGGUCACUCUGCAGAGGAAGUUGACCUAUCAUGAGAAGUUGAAUGAAAAUAAGAUGCUACAGACGUAUAUAGACGAGAAUGAGCUGAAUAAAUCAGUGACCACUUUUGGUUCUAGGCUCCGUUGGCCGUUUAAGCUCAUGUUAGUAUGGACUGGGUCUCUUAGGUACGUCCUCAGGUGUCGUGAUGAAAAUUCACUAAGUAGAAAAUUUCACGAAAAAUUAAGAAAAUUCAGCAAUAAAACAGAAGGAAAAGAUCAAAGAAAAUAG